GGUCGGCGGGCGAUGCGCGCGACCGGCGACCGCCCGUCACUGUGACUCGGGCUCUCGCCGCCGCGCAACGCUACGUAACCGCUCGGCCCGGCCUCGAUCAGCUGUUCGCGACACCGACGCGCCACGCGACUCGCGAGGCGAGCCCCGAUAAGCCGCAGUGCGGUGUGCCAUGGAGCUGCUGUGUGCGGAGCGCGUGAGCCCCGGCAGCGGCGAGGGCGCGCGCCCCGGCCCGGCGCCCGCGCCGCCCAGCGCCUGCAGCGACCCGGUGCUGCUGCGCCGCCGCGUGCUCGACAACCUGCUGCGCACCGAGGAGCGCUACGCCGUCACCGCCAACUACUUCGGCAACGUGCAGACCGAGCUCACUCCCCACAUGCGCCGCGUCGUCGCCGAGUGGAUGCUUGAGGUGUGCGAAGACCAUAGCUGCCAAGAAGAGGUGUUCCCGUUGGCAAUGUCCUACUUGGAUAGGUUUUUGAGCACGUGUAGGAUUGGGAAGAGCCAGUUACAACUCCUGGGAACCGCGUGUCUUCUGCUCGCCUCGAAACUACGGGAGCCAAGUUCGAGGGGUCUGCCUGCAGACUUGCUGGUCUUCUACACUGCCAACAGUAUCACGCUCACUGAUCUCUGCAGCUGGGAAUUGCUAGUGCUGUCCAAGUUGAAGUGGGACGUGGCGGGGGUGACGGCGCACGACUUCCUGCCGCUGCUGCUGUCGCGACUGCCGCUGCGGGGUCGCGUCAGCGCGGAGAUGGUCCAUAGGCAUGCUCAAACAUUCAUCUCGCUUGCUGCCAGAGAUUAUGAAUUUACCUUGUACUCUGCGAGCACACUGGCUUCCUGCAGCAUCGCCGCCGCUCUGCGAGGACUGGCUCACGACGGCCAUCUGCCGCGCCUGCAUGACCUGACUGGCAUAGACUUGGACUGUCUCCAAACAUGCCUUGAACAAAUAGAAGAAAUGGUGCAAAAUGUGAUCGACGAGCGCGGCAUCUCUGUCCCAAACGGCCAAGGCAGGGAGGCGGCGGGCUGGACGCCCCCUCCCACUCAGGACAAGGCUCACAGUAACGCCGCCACCCCCACUGAUGUGAGGGAUGUACACUUCUAACGUCAUGGCCACUGCUUACUCCGUGACGUGAACAGGAACAGACCCAAGUGAGGAAGGAACUUUGCUUUAAUUGCGGUGCGUUAGUACGAAAAUACUAUAAACUAGAAGAUUAAGUUAGACGGUGCAUCCGUGAUCGAGGACUGAUAUUAAGACUGACAAUCGCAUGUGUUUAACGUAGGUAUUACUUACUGCACGUGUAGUCUAAGGAUUUAUGUACAUAGAGUUAUUAUCGUAAGCCCUGCGUGCUACUUUUUAGCCUCUAGUCUUAUUGGCAAAUAAUACGACAGAGGCGUUGCACUGAAGGAUACAAAAUUGUUUAAUUAUUAAGGAAUACAAUUAUAUCUUCCAGUUCUAGUUGAUAUCUUGAAAUUACAAUCUACCUCUUAAUUUUUAAGUUUCAGUUUUGCUUGAUACAACUGUUAAUAAAAACAAAUACUAAAUAGGUUUUAAAAUUCUUAGGGAUAGCAAUUUUCUUACAUGGGACCAAAGUACAUUUUUCCAGUGUGUGAUGUUCCUAGAGAGGUGAUUUAGUUUUGCUUUACAGUAACAAGUAUUCGUUACUUGUUAUGUAUUUAGUUACUAUUUUCUGAGCAAAAAUUCAAAUGAACUAAAGAUCGCUAUCUAUCAAUAAAAUAUUAUUCUAAUUGUAUCUACUUACGUUGCAGACAACAAUUAUAUCUGUAUAUCGGGGGAAGGCAAUAAACUACGCUUUUAUUUUGUAAAAACUUUAAAAUAAUAUGUAUAGUACCUAUAUCAAUCGUUAGAGACAAAUACCUACAGUUAGUAAAUGACAUUAAUCUGCACAAUUCUUCUGAUAUACACCUUAAAAUAUAUACUUAUUGUAUUAUGUACAUCAUAAAAUUAUGUAAGGUACGCAAAGGGCUAAAUGUUUUUUUUGAAGAUUCUUCUUACGAUAAGCCACGUAAGCAUUUUUUUAGUUCCUUUAUGAAUAUUGCACCAACAAUCAUUUUAGCAUUUAAGUAUCUAACAUUUAAUGUGAUAGUGUUAGAAACUAGAUAUAAUUUCAAUUCAUAGUCACUUCCAGUCAUAAUAUGUUAACUUAGGGGUACUAUGUAGUUGGAAUGGUAGAGAAAAAUAAGAAAAAAUAUGUGAUUUUUGUAUCAUUGGUAAGUUAGAUUAGAAGUAAAUAUAAUAUUAUUGUUCCUACAACCAUUGAUAAUGAAAAAAUGCAAUAGACUAGUUCCACAGUUUUGUACUUAACUUUGUUUUACUAGGUACAGACAAACUAAAAACUACCUACAUUAUAAUAUUGUGAUAUAUCUUCCACAGAUAAUAUUAUAGAGCUAGUGAAGCUGGCGCAGAUAGUAUAUGUUAUAGAAAUAGUAAUUGUUAAAGCUAAUGGUAUAAUAUUUUAUUUUGUAAGAUUUAUAACAAUCGUUUAUAGUAAUUAUUUGCUCUGCAUUUAUUGUAAGUAAAAUAAUGUUACUUUGUUACUGUCCAGCGUCUUCCAUUUCUAUAAUAUAGCAUUAUUUGAAUGUAGCAAAUAGCUUUUUGAUCAAUGCUGACAAAAUAUAAUAUUUUCACUUAGGUUUAUACCAACUUAAAACUUUCAGAUUGUCUUUACUUAGAUAGUAGCUAAUUGUCAUUGUAAAUAAAUAUUAAAUAAUUUUCUAGAUAUGUAAAUAAAAACUAUUAUGCUGUAAGCAUGUGGUGCCAUAGUAACACUACCUACUAUAAAAGUAUGGAGUAAUAUUAUAACGCAAAGGAAAGUUCCAUUUAAUUUAGGACCAUGGAACAGAUGUUUACUAAUAGUAUGGUUGUGGUAUGCAUUACUACCUAAAUAAGUAUAGCGUUCAAAUUUCAACUCUAUUGUAAUAGAUACUAUGUUUAACUGUAUACAUUUAUGUGGGAAAAUAUACGCAUUAAAAAUAGUAUAUUUAAUGCUUAUUUUGGCUUCGACUGGCUUUUUUAUAGGUUAAGAAAUAUUUUUAUGCAAUUAGAGUAUUAUUAAUACUGUAUGCAGGUAUAAUUUCCACCAGUGUAAAUACUUUAGAGGGCUAGUUUUCUCUCAUGCGAAGUGAUCUUUGUUUUUUUUUAUCGCAGAGUCGAUACUUAUUUUUAAUUUAUAAUAUAGGGAACUAAAAUUCUAAUUCAUAAAACGCGAAGUUGCGUAAUUUUGGUUUUGUACACGUGAUUAUUACUUUCGAGUAGUUACUAUAGGUAUUGUAAGAUCGUUGCAAAUUAAGAUGUAGAUAUUGAAAACAAAACCGCAAUAAAAAUAUAUAAAAGUA